CGGCGGGAACUCAUCUCGCUUGCUUGGCUUCCGCUUCGCAGUUUCCUUCUCGCUUUAGAAGCACAGAGGAUGAGCCGGUAUGGCACGGCGAGCCUUUGGUGUAUGAAGGGCUACGACCGCUGGAAGGAGCGGGCAUCACAUCUACAGGCAAAGCUUACAGCGGACACCACAUCUUUAUGCCACCCGGUACAAGCGACACGGGCCGCAUGAUGGCCAAGGAUGGUCGCCACUUUACCAUCAUGCGUUUCGACGCGGACGAGCACCAGCCUGGCCAAAAGGCCAAGAUCUACACGCCGCACUUUGUGGAUAGCAAAGUGCAGGGCUGGGAGGGGCGGAUGCGAGCAAAGACGCUUCCUAAUGCUCAGAGACCUUCUAUUCAGCAUUUUGCCAAAUUGACAGGAACAGCGGCGAGCGGUAGGAUCUUGCCUGCUGGGCUUGCCGAAGCGGCCAGAAUACCGCACGCGGUGGGCAGAGCGCACGAAUUGGAAGUGGGCGGCACGCGCAUCACCUCCAAAGACUACUACGAUGUGACGUUGGACAGCAUGCACGAUUACGCGGCAAAGUAUCAUCCCGAAGCCAGGAGCGUUACGCUGGUCAAAGGUCUGACCUCGCUGUCAAAAGAUGAGCCAAAGCCGCACUACAAGGUGAAGAUGUACGACGCAGAAAGGUAUCCCAUCCCAGGCGGCGGCUUCACCAGCCAAGGCAAAGCUUUUUCAGGAUUGCAUCACGUCUUUCAAAAAUCCGGCACGAGCUUCAAGAUCAAAAAUCUCAACGUCGCCGCCGUCGAUCCCGGGCCGUUGGCGCAUGUUCGAUCCAGCAGGACCGAUUUGGAUCACCUCUUUCCCAACAAUGAUGCGAGCAACGAGUCGUUCGAACAUCAUCAGGCUUACCUUGGCCACGUGAUGAAGGGCAGGACCCUAAAGGCUCCUUCGCACUCGCCCAUUCAGGAGCGAAAACGUCAAGCGCCCAAGAAGUCUUUACGAGCACACACGCUUUUCGAAUCGACAGCGCCGAAUGCGCAGGCCGAGCGGGUAGCUGCCCCUCUUGAGGGACUCCACCCUCAGAUUUUGCAAUCCGACGCUCCGUCGGCACAUACGCAGGCGCAGGCUCAGGCUGGCGUGCCAUCGAAGCUCAACAGCAUCACGAGAGAAAAGCCGAACAAAGCUUCAGCGGCUCCCGCUCCAUGGCGGCAGAUAGAGGGUGCGCCGAGCGAGCAGGAGAUCGCUGAAGCGCUCAAGGAGAAGCCGUCCAUCUUGGAGUCGAGCGUCAGGUAUGCGCACGAUCCCAAUCUCUGGCGAUCCCACCCUCGCUUCCUCGGCUUGCACAGGGAUAGGGGAAGACCUCAUGUGGGCGUGCACAAGGAUGGAAAGUGGCUUACAAAUCCACGAAAAAAAAGAGGAAGACCUUCCAGGGCGGAAAUGAUGAGGGGGCUGAAUGGCCCUUCCGCCGCUGCUGCUGCUUCUUCAUCGCCUUCCUCAGCAACAUCACCAUCGCGCGACACCUUGCCCGAUGAGUCUAGGUCUGGACUGAGCAUAUCGUCGGCAUCGACAUCGGGAUCAGACUCUCAUCGGAGCAUGCUCGGACUUUCCGGCGAGCUUAGUCCCGAAAGACCAUCAAAGGUGCACGCCUCUUCUGUAAGAGCAUCAUCUAGCUCUGAUCGUCUUGUCGCUCACAACCUGGACAUGGUGCAUCGCUUCUUUGGGCAACAACACGCGAUUGCAAACACAAUUCCGACCGAUCUGCCUCCUUUGCCAGAAGCUUUGCCUUCCGGCAACACCCUGUACGAGCACGAGCACGAGCACGAGCACGAGCACGGGUAUGGGCACAGGCACGGAUACGAGCACGAGCACGAGCACUUGCCGCACUGGCGUGCGUCUGUGCAUCCUUCACAACAAACAUUUCCAUCCGAGCACAAUGCGAUGCACCAGCUGCACACCUUCUUUGGAGCCGAGCAUGCGCACGUGCAUUUCCCCUUCCAAUCCAUCUUUGGCACCGAGCACGCGCACACGGAUUCGCUGCCGCUGCUCCACCACAUCGCCAUAGCCACGAAUCAUGCGCAAGGCGAUCCGUCUCGCUCGACAAUUGACACCGAGCACCAGCGCGGUGAUUCGCAUCCCUCCAUCUUGCGCAUCCAGCCCGCCGCUGCUGCGCACAUAAGCCCUCCGCCGCACUCCACCCUUGACACCCAGCAGCACGCGCAUGCUGCCACGAGUCCGAAUCGCGAGCGUGUUGUGGACGAAGCAUACCUCGCGCACUCGCCCGCCUCUUCCGAUGCCUCUGCCUCUACGGAAGAUUGGAUAUCGCGCGUUCUCAAGACUCCUCCGAGGAUGCACCUGCCGUAGUCUGUGCAUUGUGGCUGCGAGCGAGACGCGAGACGGGGAGCUAAAGCUCCAAGUCCGGAAGCGGCGCCGAGAAUGCAGGAGAAAAUGUUAAGGCGCGCGCGCGGGCGGGUCAGGAAUGACGUCGAGAUUCACAAUUGCACGAAUCCAUUGCACCAUUGUAAAAAACAAAAAUCCCAUCGAUCGAUCGCACACCUUCAUCUGUGGCAGCAGCUACGCGCGUCCCCGCGAAAUUUGCCGAUCCCUCUGGCGAUCGGCAGUGAAGUGGCUGUCGGCGUAGCAGAGCUUCUUGUCACGUCGACUGUGGUCCCUUCAUGCGCUGGACGAAGCUCCCGCAUGUUCAUGCUCAGUGAACCUGCAGUCCGUCAUACAAUGAUAGUGCCCCCCACAAAGAGAUAAGAGCUUCGCCACACCCUCUUCGCGCACCUCUUUCGCUGCCGCUGGGGCGCCACCAC